AGUGAGAGGUUGGGAGGCGCACGAUGAAUCCCGCUUCCGCACCCCCUCCUCUGCCGCCCCCGGGGCAGCAGGUCAUCCACGUCACCCAGGACCUCGACACUGAUCUCGAAGCCCUCUUCAACUCCGUGAUGAAUCCCAAGCCGAGCUCUUGGAGGAAGAAGAUCCUGCCCGAGUCAUUCUUCAAGGAGCCUGACUCCGGCUCGCAUUCCCGGCAGUCCAGCACCGACUCGUCCGGCAGCCACCCGGCCCGGCUGAGCGCCGGCGGCGGCGGCGGCGGCGUUGCCGGGGGUGCCCAGCACGUCCGCUCGCACUCGUCGCCCGCCUCCCUGCAGCUGGGCACCGGGGCCGGGGCGGCGGCCAGCGCGGCGCAGCAGCACGCGCACCUCCGCCAGCAGUCCUACGACGUGACCGAUGAGCUGCCGCUGCCUCCCGGUUGGGAGAUGACCUUCACCGCCACCGGCCAGCGGUACUUUCUCAAUCACAUAGAAAAAAUCACCACAUGGCAAGACCCUCGGAAGACAAUGACUCAACCUUUAAACCACAUGGCCCUCCACCCUGCUACAACUUCGACCCCAAUGCCCCAGAGAUCAAUGGCAAUGUCUCAGCCCAACCUUGUGAUGAACCACCAGCACCAGCAGCAGAUGGCAUCUAACACUACUCUGUCCCAGCAGAACCACCCAGCCCCAAACCCACAGGCGGGCUUGAUGAGUUUGCCCAAUGCCCUGACCACUCAGCAACAGCAGCAGCAGAAACUACGCCUCCAGAGGAUCCAGAUGGAAAGAGAAAGAAUCCGAAUGCGCCAGGAGGAACUCAUGAGACAGGAAGCCGCUCUAUGUCGACAACUUCCUAUGGAAUCAGAGACAAUGGCCUCUGUUCAGGCUGCUGGAAACACACCUGCCAUGGCCCAGGAAAUCAGACCAAUAACAAAUAAUAGUUCGGAUCCUUUUCUCAAUGGUGGGCCUUACCAUUCCAGGGAGCAGAGCACAGACAGUGGCCUAGGCUUAGGAUGCUACAGCAUCCCGACAACUCCUGAAGAUUUCCUCGGCAACGUAGAUGAGAUGGACACAGGGGAAAAUGUAGGACAGACACCGAUGACUCUAACUGCCCAGCAGACCCGUUUCCCCGACUUCCUUGACUGUCUUCCUGGAACAAAUGUUGAUCUUGGGACUUUGGAGUCGGACGACCUGAUCCCGAUCUUCAACGACGUGGAGUCUGUCCUUAACAAAAAUGAGCCCUUCCUCACCUGGUUGUAAUCUGAGCUCUAGGCUCUGGCUCAGCUCACCCCCCACAUCCUCCAUUUCCGUCUCCUCUUUGGAAGAGAGAUGGAGCCCAGAAAGUACUCAAGAUUUCCAAUGACUCAAUGUGGUCAAUUGAAAUUGUCUGGAUUUGAUUGACAAGAACUUAAGUCUAAAUAUAUAAAUGUAUAUUUUCUCUUUACUUUUAAACUGUAUCUGUUUGCUACAGCAUACUGGCUGAGGUAUGCCUGUAGCCCAGAUUUCAGGGAGAAAUUGCAGAAUUAUUUCAUCUUUUCUCUCUUUUCAUUGGCCCAUGAAGAAGCUUGUGGGUGUUAGUUUAAAUUAAAAGCCAAUAAACAAGAGAAAAACAGAGUUUGAUGUGACAGCUUCAGCCAGGAUCCCUGCACCAGAUUAGUCCCAAAGUGUAGGUCAGUAGCUAUAUUUAUGACAAUAGUACCAAAUGCUUUACAAAAGUAAAAAAAAGAAAACUCUAUUUAACUUGAGCUUUCAAGAAAUCAUUGUAUUGUUAGUCAAAUAGUACUGUAAGGAAUGCAGAGUAGCUUCAAAUCCAUGCUGGCUAUGAUAAUAAUAAUUAUUAUUAUCCUAUAUUUGCAGAGGCACAGACAGUACUGUUAUAGUUUAUCCUCCAGUAUAUUACUGUAUAGCUUCCAGAUAAUGAACAAUUCCAAUUUCAACGGUAGCAGAUUGUCUAGUAACUGUUUUAUUCUAAAGAUGCCAUAAAAGAGACCACAUUGGUACUAACCACCACCACCACUGCCACUAGAAAAACAAACUAGUGGAAUGAAACGACAUGCAAUUACAAUAAAAUGCAACUCAGAUUUUGAUGUUUAUUUUUAUUAAGCACUCACUGUAAUUUUGUAACUGAUUAUAAUUAGCAACAGAAUUUUUUUGUUUUUUUUUGGAUAUAUCUGUGGCAAUUGUUUUUUUGAUUUUGGGAGAUUAAUCCUAAAAUAUAUCAGGGUAGAAAAGUGUGGCACAAUUUACAACUUGACGAUAGAAUAUCCAGUUGCCUUUUUUUUUUUGUAAGCCUUGUUGGUCUUGUCACCAAGACAAUAAUGAAUUGAAACAGACAGUAUCAAUGAAACUCUAAUCGGGAAAGAGCCGAUCACUGAAUGACCUGUAAACAAAUGCCUGCUUUAUGGGGAGGGUACAUGGUGGAGGCAAAUGUUUCUGAAUUCAGUCAAACUAUUCCCUGUCUGCUAAUUCUAUUAUCCAAACCUUUUUGCUUGCUACCAUUGGUAUAAAAGGCAUGAUAUCACAUAUACUCAAUACCUCUCAUGUAAUCAAGAGAAAUUUCUUUUUGCGAUGUUUAGGACUGAGAGUGCAUAAAGUAUAGCUAGCAUUCAGUGCCCCGAAUAUGCCAAUGACGUCCUCAAAUGUUUUAAUAUUUCUGAACUGUCAUUAUUUAUAAUCUAUGAAUUUAAUCUGUUUUUUUUUUUAAAAUUUAACAAAAUGCAUUACUUUUUAAAGGCAUUAUUAUUAAUUCCAGUCUCUGAGCUAGGACUUUUCAGCUUCUAGCAAAGAAAGGAGGCUGAUCACUCAUUAAGUGUUCAGGGUCUGUUAACUCAGAUUCUUUCUUAUGUAUUAGAAGAUACAAGAAGUACAGACUAUCUUUUAUCUUGUUGGGAAGAAAGCAGGUGAAAAGGUCAGAGUACAAGUAGCAAUGUUAUGGAAAAUAUAUGGAAAGGUUGAAAAAUCAGGAAAUGGAUAGGGAUAGACUCGUAAUCAUGCCCCAGAGGUGAGAAGACCUUCAUGUGAUAGGUGCCCAAAUAGAAAAUGUCAACAGAGUUUUAUGAAAAUGGUUUCCUAUGAUAACUUUUAUACCAAAAGAUUUUCCCAUUAUAUUAAAAAAAAAAACUACUUUGGUGCACUUUACAUUGGAGAGAAAGACAAAAGAGGGAAUGAGAAGGAUGAGGAGGAAACUACUGUUACUCCCAAAACAAAGAAACUUUUUUUCUCUAAAUGAAUAGUAGUUGGAUUUUGUUUUUGUUUUUGUUUUUUUUGGCUCCCUCCCUUCCCCUCUAUGUUUGUCUGAUGAUCUCCAUCUCUCCCCCUUUUUAAUCUCUCUCUUCCCUUUUCCAACACCCCCAUCCUUUUCUUCAUUAUUUUCUUCACUCUCUGUCCCACUUUUUCAUUCCCACACCCAAGGGGUGGGGGUGGGGGGCGAAGAGAGCAGCUGGAUGGCAAUAUUUCUUUCUCUACCAAAUUGAAGGGAGCACUGGUUUUUUUCUCUCUUUUGCUAGAAAUAAUUGCAAAAAGAGGGGAACAAUCUUUUUGAAUGAACAAGGGACCUAACAAGGCUAAGCAGUGUUACUGUAUUUUUUUAAAGUUUUUUUUUCUCUUUAAGACUUGUUUUCAGGUUAUCAAAUUAAAUCUGAAAUAGCUAUCCCUCAUCGCCUUUUUAAAAAAAAUACAUGAUUAGCACAUUGGGGAUUUACAGAGUCUGUUUUCAGAAGUGAAUUUUCUAGUAUGCUGUAGUUGGAAUUGUUAAAUAUUAGGUGAAUUUUUCUUUUCUUUUUAGAGAAACUAGUUGAGCAUUUAUUAUUAAGGAAAUUACAUUUUUCCCCAGAAUAAAGCAAAGCAUUGAUCAAUACUAUGUUAUCACUUAAAUAAAGCCAAGUAGAGUGUUCUUUUAAUGGCAUGUAAAACAUUGUUUCAAAAAGAAAGGAAGGAAGGCAGAAAAGGGAAGGAAGGAAAGAAAAGAAGGAAGGAAGGAAGAAAAAAAAUAAAGUUAGAAAACUUGAAGCGUAACAACUCUUACGUACAGAGUUUCAGAUGACUAUCAUCACAGGGCCUCCUGCCAAGUUAAACAGAAGGUGCUAUCUUACAAGUUUUUGUUAGAUUUUAAAGCAACUGCCAGAAUGCCAGUUCUUUUUAGUUUGAAAUGACAAUGAUGAGUUAAAAGAAAAUUCUGCAUUGCAACCAACAUGGGAAAGAUAUUUUAAAGUGUAUUCCUUCCCAUGCCUUUUCUAACUUAAAAGAUAUUUGAAUUGAAUUCUUGGACAAAACCUUCACGUUUGUAAUUCCAUCAAUGCAGUGUCUCACUGCAUUAUUUAAAGAUGUGAAAUGAAAUUUUUUUUUUUUUUACAAUUUUCAUGGUGUACAGGAAGGAUACAGAGUGAAUAUGCCAAAGUGCCCGGGCACACAGUUGAUCCUUACUUACUGGGUAGGACAGUUCUACAUCAGUGUUGGUGACAUGGAACAGGAGGGAAAUUGUCCUGUAGCUUUUAUUCCGGUAACACUUGUAGAAUGUAGUUCUCAGAAGAAGCACGACUUGAUGACACAAUGCUGUUUGUAAGACAUCGUACGUUAAUUUUAAAUGGGAAAAAGGGGUGAUUGACAAAGACUGUUUCCUAAUACACUACAUCCAUUUAUAUUCUAGUGCCUUAAUUUUUUAAUUUACUUUUGUUAUAUGACAUAUGUGUGAGUGUUUAUUUUUAAUUUAGAUGGCUAUGCAUACAAAAUGUGUGCAGUCAAACCAAUCAGAUCAAACUGUUGUACCCAGAGUUUGGUACUGGUUUUUUUUUCUCUGAUCCUGUACAAGAAAAAUAAAUAUAAUUAAAUUUCA